CCCCAGGCGAGCGAGGACGUACAAAGUUUGUCCGCUCCGGGGCACCGUAGUGGCCUUUCCUCUGGCCGGGCGGGCUGCGCUCGGCUGGGCCGGGCUCAGCCCGCAGGGAGACCCUGAUGGCUGCGGUGUUUCUGGUGACGCUUUAUGAGUACUCGCCGCUUUUCUACAUUGCGGUGGUCUUUACCUGCUUCGUCGUGACCACAGGCCUGGUCCUGGGAUGGUUUGGUUGGGAUGUUCCAGUAAUUCUGAGAAAUUCAGAAGAGACCCAGUUCAGCGCAAGAGUUUUCAAAAAGCAAAUGAGACAAGUCAAGAAUCCUUUUGGCUUAGAGAUCGCCAAUCCAUCCUCAGCUUCAAUCACAGCUGGCGUAACCUUGGCCACAGACUGCCUUGAAGACAGCCUCCUUACCUGCUACUGGGGCUGCGGUGUUCAGAAGCUGUACGAGGCCCUGCAGAAGCACGCUCGCUGCUUCAGGAUAGGCAGUCCCCGCGCACUGGAGGACGCUCUGUACAGGGAGUACCUGCACCAAGAGCAGCACUUUAUUAAGAAAAAUAGCAAAGAAGAAAUAUAUUGCCAAUUACCAAGAGACACCAAGAUUGAAGAUUUUGGUACAGUGCCCAGAUCUCGCUAUCCCCUGGUGGUGCUAUUGACCUUAGCCGAUGAGGAUGACCGAGAAACAUAUGAUAUUAUUUCCAUGGUGUCUGUAAUUCAUAUUCCUGAUAAGACUUAUAAACUUCCCUGCAGAAUAUUGUAUCAAUAUUUGCUCUUAGCUCAAGGUCAAUUUCAUGAUCUCAAGCAGCUUUUCAUGUCUGCAAAUAACAAUUCCACUCCCUCCAACAAUUCUUCUCCAGAAGAAAAUAACACAGACAGAAAUUUGUUGGAAAAGGCAGGACUGUCUGAAGGUGAAGUGGAGCCUCCUGAAGAGAAUGGCAGGGACUGUGUUGUCUGCCAGAACGGGGCGGUGAACUGGGUGUUCCUGCCGUGCAGACACGCCUGCCUGUGUGACGGCUGCGCCGGCUGCUUCCAGCAGUGUCCCAUGUGCAGGCAGUUUGUUCGGGAAUCUUUUGCACUUUGCAGUCAAAAAGAGCAAGACACAGACAAACUGAAAACUCCAUGAAGACAUUGUUACAACUGCGACAUACACUUUCUACUAAAGAUGCGGAAGUUUAUAUUCUUAGGAUUAAUUAUAACAUGGAAUCUACAAUCUUGACCAUCAGCAGAAAUUCUACUUCAAAUUGAUGUUUGUAUGGUGCAUGGAUGAUGAAAAUUAAUUAUUCCUUUCUGCUUAGUAUGGCAAGUACUGGAACACCGUCUGUGUUAAUACAUAAAGAUUUACUCCACUC